AAGCCUGCUUUCCUCCCGUCUACAAAGUGAAUCGCGGUCUGGCCCGUCUCGAGUUGCGUACAAAGCAGCUGCCUUGUAAUCUGUGAAAAUACAGCUAAGUCGUGUCUUCUCAUUCUUUCUCUGAGAAACAACAGAGUCAAGAGCACUGGUCUACUCCUUCCUACAGACCUGAGACAUUCUCCCGUCAUCUACCUUUCCUAGUCUCAACCUACUUCGGAGCUCCCUUCUUCUCCGCCAUGUCUGGCAUUGUGAGCACCAUUGAAGGCCUGGCAAACACGGUAACAACCAAAGCCAUGGCCAUUGUCGACUCGGUCUUCCCGCCAGAGCGCCGUCAGGAGCUUCUGACCAAGCUCCAGCAGUUUGCCAUCAAGAACCCCAAGCUGUCGGCCUUUCUCCUCACCAACAUUGCCCUGACGGGCCCGCCCAUGUUCCUAUUCAUCCUCUUCACCUUGACCGUCUUCAUCUUCUCGCUCGUCGUUGCCCUGCUGGUCGGCCUGCUCGUUGCCAUUGGAUUCACCCUCUUCAUGGUUAUUGUUGCCCUGGUCAUUCUCUUCCCGACCGUCUUCUUUACCACCCUUGCGGCAUGCUUCUUCUUCCUGUGGGGCCUGGGUGGAUAUUACCUCCUCAAGUGGUUCAACAAGGGCGAGUCUCCUGCAGCCCAGGGUGAUGCUAUCGGCGACAAGAUCAAUGCACUCACUGGUGGAAGACUCGACUUCAUCAUGGGUGGUGCACGUCAGGAAUACCCCGACCACUCUGGUCAGAACGGCAAGGAUGAAGGAAGUCCCAAGCAGAAUGGCAAGCCCAGGAAGCUGCAAGACAACCCGGCCAAGUCAACCGGAGUCGACAUGGGAAAGCAAGCCGACUCGAUCAAGAAGAAUGCCAAUGUGGGUAACGUCACCAACAAGGCGACCAAGCAAGCUAACCUGGAUGGAGUAACCAAACAGGCCGGAGCUGACGGAGUGACCAAGAAGACGGAUGGAGUGACUGGCACGGCAAAGGGACUGGCAGGAGGAGCGGCAGGAGGACUUGUUUAGCCUGCACUGACGGAGCGGUCUCUACCUGAACUUAUGUGGUCUGCCCUGACUGAACGGCCUCUUGUUGAUUGAUUGACUGG